AUGUCCAACAAUGUUAUCAAACUUUCUGAACACGAUUUACUCAUACCUCCUUCGGAAAAGCAAUCACCCAGAACAGUUCUCGUAAUCGCGUCUACAAACAUCCUAACCAUGAUUUCUGAUGAAGACUCGCCCUUCCUAAUUGAAAACAUCCAAAGCAUACUGAAGAGGGGAAACACAAAAGUCGUCCACGAUAAAAGGAAGAAGUACGUUGACGAUGUCUUUGAUUUAGCGCUUAGCAACUUGCGCUCAGGAAUGCGAAAAAUAGGAACGUCGCAAGAAAUAGACAUUAACACAGUGUCAACAAGGGUACAAAAUCGUGAACACUACCUCGAAAGCGAAUCAUUAACCCUUUCGAACGAGUUCUCGUCAGACGUGGGCAGCACCACACAAGAAAGUGAAGGACAUAAUGAGUGUGCCUUUUGCUACAACGACAAUUACGAUUCGGAAAAUUUUGAUGAUGAAGAACAUUUUGAGUGUUCCCCUGGAUUUAGGAACCACGAAGAUAUUAGAGUCUUCAAUGAGAAUGUUAAGAGGAAGUUCUUUAAUGAUUUAGUCGACUAUUACAAUAUACAAAAAUUAGAACAAUUUGAUGAGAACUACAAUUGUGGACAAUCAGCUUAUUCAUGUGAGGAUUUUGAACUAAGCCAGAAUCACAGCGGAUGUGAAAACACUCCAACAUGUGCAUCUCCAAGUUUCGAGAAAAAUGUGUUGGAUAACUCGCCCGUGGGAGCAAAACAUGUUGCAGCAGGUUGGGGAAGUCAGAUAAAGCACCUUAAGCAUAGUGUAGGGGGUAAGACACAACACUCCCUCCUUACCAGUGAUAAAAAAUGUAUGCAGAGAACAGGUGCCUCCAAACAUAAUACUGAUGGGAGGGUCACGCCACAGCCAAUUCCUGCUAAUGGAAUGAUAAAAACGAAGCAGGAAAUUAUAGACAAUACGUUUAUUACACUCUUGGAAGAAAAGUCUACUGCCACUCACGACAAGCAAUUCGCAACGCUCCUGCCAAAUUGCGGAGGCAUAGAACCCGAUUCAGAAGGAGGAGAAAGAAAGAGUACGCACAAAGGGAAUAAUAAGCGUAAUGUACAUAGGGAAAAGACGAAGAGGGGAAAGAAAGGACUCGAACGUUGUAACGAUUUAACGAAUGGCACGAUUGAAGCAGCUCCUUUCCAGCCCACUGAUGAUGAUAAAUCGAAAUGCACAAAUGGGGGAGACUUUACAAAAUGUCCUGCAAAAAUAUGGUGUAGUGAAAAAUGUGCUAAUGUACCAAAAUUGGAUUUGGAACUUGCGCUGACUUUACCCAAUAGGGCUGAAGAUUUGCGCGACAUUAUCGAUAAAGGAGGUGUUGCUAUGAAUGGCAACGUUUAUAGGAAAAAAACGGGAAGGAGGAUAAACACAAAUAAAAAUCAUAACCACUUAGGAAGAGAUGCCAGUGAGCUCUCCAGAUUUACACUAUCGUGCGAUGAGAAGAGGAGCAAUGUGAUUCUUCAAAUUAGUGGUUCUAGUAGAUUAGAUCAUUCGAGCCUAAAUGAAAAGAGAAAAAAGGGGAACAUCUCACCACACGAACCAGAAUUAGACAGUAGUGAAACAAAUACUCUUUUAAGCGUGGAACGUAAGAAGGACUCCAAACUGAUUAGGAAGCGUAUUUGUAAAAGUUCAAUAAUUCAUUCGCCCAGAGAGCGCCUCAGUAGAAAUCAACAGAGUAGUGAAAAUAUAGCGCACGAAAGAGAAACGUCUGAUUCGAGUAAUGGGAUAGAAAAAAGGAGGACAUUUAUCGAGCAUUCGAGGAGGAAGACAGUAUACAACGGGGAGGAGAGGAAAAAGCGAUUAAGGAAAAAUGAAGCAAAACUGAAGAAAGGUACUACGGAUUCUUUCGAUACGGGGAAAGGACAAAACUUGACUCAUGAAAAGAAAAAAGUGGAUAGUGAAAAAUGGGAAAAUAAAUCGAACAGUGGCAGAUUCGAGGGAGACUCUGUAGAAGGGGAGAUUCUGCAGAAGAAUAAAACAAAUGGAAAAUUGUCGCUACUGAAAAGGAGUGAGCAGUACCUAUGUUAUGUGAAAAGUAGAGGAAAGAAAAUAAAGACAGGAGAAUAUAAAGGGGUUCAGAUAAGCUCUGUAGAGUCCUCAAAAUGUAACACGGUCGAAAGUAGUAAAAGCACUGAUUUGAGGUCAAAUUACGAGGGACAUCGCGGACAUGCUAGAAAAAAGAAUGACGAAGAGGUACUAGAAGAGAGACCUUUAGAGAUGUUCAGGUUGUCCAAGAAACGCCUUCAUUUUUGCAAAGGGGAAGGAGAUGAAGAGAAACUUAAAUUGUACGCAAAGCAUCCUUCUGAUGAAAAAGUAGUGUAUGACCAAAAGGGAGAAUAUUUUUUUAGCGACAAAUGCAGGGAGAUACAUACAAAUAUGGCAGACGAGAAUUUGAACAAUGGUAUCAGUCCAGACAUGAUGUAUAAAACACUUCUUGGGGGAGAAGCGGAUAAUCAGUACGCCAGAAAAGGAGAAGAUUCGAAGGAAGACUAUUCCUAUGAAGCCCUAGAAGAAGUUUCCAAAAAUGGAGCGCAUAACUUCUACUGUCGAAAGAGCAGAUACACCAUUUUAGGGGGUAAUAACAUACGACUUAGCGGCGUAGGUGACGGGGGGGAGCAGAACAGUAGAGCAGAUUUGUCCAAUUCGGUGAGGUCUUCUUCCCGCAUUGAUUACUUCAGCGGGGGUGAGCACUACUCAGGUUUCGGCGAGGUGGAAGAGCACUGUGAUGGCCAGAAUGACGACAAGUAUCACUUUCCAUUUUGCGACGAAAUGUAUGAAGAUGGGAAAUUUGCAGAAGAGGUCGACCUCCCCAGGGGGGACUCUGUCCUGGGAAGCGGCAAGGAUGACCUCUAUUUAGCUUUUCAAGAAUCAACACCCAGGGGGUACAAGUCACUCCCAGAAGAGUUACUACACCGUAAGCUGCCUCCUAGCAACGUACAGAGCGAACUUAAAGACGAAACACAUUUGAGAAGACGCGAAUAUGUUCAGGGGCAGAUUUGCAGAAUAUUGAAAAAGGAAAACUGGGACGGUGAAGCCGAAAGUAUGUUAAACCUGUUCUUCAGGUACGUGAAGGUAGAGGGAAGAUGCGGUAAAAAUGGCAACACACUGAUUCGGAAGGACAUAAAAAGGGAUAGAAAGGGAGGAAGUGGGAGAAGGGGAAACAAAAUGGGGGUAAGGAAACAGAAGCAACAGAAUUCAGACUUAGGAAGGGAGGAAAAUGGGGGUGUAGAUAAAUUGAAAAGGGUCUAUUUGGAUGAUGCCCCAAGGAGCCUGCCGCUAACCAUGCUAAUAGUAAGAAACUAUGAGGAGGGGAAUUUUCAUCAUCCUCAUCAGCAGCAGAGGAUGGACAGGAACGAUGGGGGUGCGAAGGAAAAGGUAAGCGUAAGGUACAAAGUCGAGUUGACAGGUGUGAGAAAUCCUAUGGGGAUAAAGAAAGCAGUUGGGAAGGAAAAAAAACUGUUUUCAAGGAUAGAAAGGAUAUAUGAUUUUUGUGCUUUAGAUGGAGACGCGUGUGGAGAACAGUGUCACAAUAACCUCAUGGACAGGUUUAUUCCAUUUCCUAACAUGGGGUGGAGUUGUUCCAAGGAGAGCUAUCAACAUGACGUGAUAAAUGUUCACUCCGCGUGGGCUCAGGAAAGGGAACGCGUCUUGUUCUAUGAUGAGCGAGAGAAUCUCAAUAAUGUGCACAGGAGCCAAAUGGGCGAAAAAGACCUCAUGCUUGAUGGUGCCCUUUUGAAAAUUCCGCAAAAGGAGGGAACUAACGAGGCUACUAAAUUUGAAAAUAGAUCCCCUUUUGCUAAAUGGAAUGUUAAUAUGUGUACCAAAUCGAUAAAGCAGCCUGCGGGAAAAAACGCUCUUGUGACAAAGGGUCCCAAGGGUGUAGCUAUCCAUUUGGACAGAAAGGGCGCUCUAAAAUAUUCCUUUAGGAAAGGCGUACCUAUUGUAGGUGCAAGGGGGGAAGGAAGAGCACUCCGAAUUGGCAGUUUUAAAAAAUCCCCCCUCUCAGCAAAAUCUGCAUUGGAAGGCAGUUAUCCAAAGAGAACAGAAGUUACAUUGGGAAGGGGGCAUCAUGUGACAAAUUUUAAAGAGUACCUCAUAGAAAUGAGAAAAACACGGGAAGGUAACAAAACAGAGGAGCCUCUUCCAAAGGAUGGACAGAAAAGGGAGGAAUUAAGACACGCACAAGGAGUGUCUCCUUUAUCAAGUUCUAUCUUAAAAAUGGUAGAUGAUAAGAAAGAGGAUAAGAUUAUUACAAACAGUUUUCUUCCUCCAACGGGGGUAGAAGCAGAAGUGGUUAAGGCAGAAAUUUGGGACCGUCCAAAAGGUGAAGUUGGUUCGUAUAGGCAGUUAAAAAGUUCUUCAGGACAUGUCUUUAAAAGGGGAGGAAGUGAGGGACACGAGGACGUCAAACUGUUGAGUGAACCCCUGAGGGAUGUGUUGGACCCGCUGAGCAGUGCGCAUAAUGGUUCCCAAAAUUGUCAGCAUGACCCGGUGGAGACAAAAGAGACAGUUACAUUUUACAAAAGUAACAUCAUUAGGGGGACAAAAGGACAUAAGGAAGGAGACGGAAAAGGAGCCGCUAAAACAUGUGAAGAUUCACAUGCGGGGAAGAACAAUCGGGAUGGUGAUCAUCCGCGUAGGAGCUUUAACACGGAUAAACAAAGCAGCAAAGCAAUUGAGAAUGGCGCCCAAGGUCUGGAUGGUAACUCAUCGGGGAAAUCUCCGCGAAGUGUAGAAAAACCCUCCUCUAAUGAAAGGAAGGAAACCACUAAAACGUUGCAUGCAGAGGGGACAAGCAAGAACGGGUUAAGUCCUCCAUCUAAGGAUGGAAAAAGAAAACAGGAAGGAGACGGAAGCAAUAACAGUAGAAGUGAGAGGUUGGUUGAAAAGUUUCACCCUAGUGUGAUAGAACGAUUCUACGAGUCUGCAAAGCGUAGCAAGGUGGGAAAGGAUGAAGCGGCCGAAAGCGGUUUAGAACAAGAAGCGGAUACGCUUAACAAGGAAGGAUCACCUCGAAAAAUACAUAUGUCAAUUGAGGUAGCAUCCCCAAGGAAAAACAGUCAUAGACGCAAGGGUUCUCUCAAAGGAGGGAAGAGUAUAUCACACUUUGUGAGCAAGCAUGGGAAGGGAGAAAAGAAGCAGGAUUGUGCUGUGGACCCAUCAACAGAGAACAAAAUUUCCAGGGGUAGGGAUGACAAGGCGAAGACUGCAAAAGGAUUUAGUAAGAAGAGCGAAUUUUAUAAUUUUACCAAUUGGGGGGAAAAUGUCGAGGAAAAUAUUUCUUCCCUAAUGGUAGAAGAAGAGGGGGAUAUUUUAACGUCUGAUGAAGGAAGGAGCCCCUCAUGUGUGAGCAAUACAAAUGAAAUAAGCUUGACAGUCUCCCCCCACGGGAGGGACCAUACGUUUAAUGCUCCUAAGACGGAAGGCAAUCACGAGGGGAAUAACGGCCAGCGCACAACGAACCUGGUGAAGCGCCGAAAAAGCAAUCGUGUGGGUCGAAGGGGAGGAAAAGCAUCUCCCCGCGCAAUGGGCUCCUUUCCACACAAAAUGACACAAAGCGAAAUGGACAAACCAGUUUUAAAAAAUGAAAAAGCGAUGGCAAGAAAUUCAAACUAUGUAGAUUUAAGACAUAUUGAAUGCUCCAAGAGCACCCUCGAAUUUCUUCUGGAAAAAAAAUAUCUCAAAAGAAAUAGUGCAGGUGAAGGAACGGAUGGUACUGAAGGGCAGAAGAAAAAAAAAGAAAAAAGAAAAAAAGACCUUUCACUUGUUUGUAACAAGAGCGAGGGGCGGGAGUUGUCUAAACGGUUUACGAUGAGUAGACGAAAAAAUGAAAAAAAAAUGUCCAACAGGAAGAUCGCAAAUCGGGAUGAGGUACCAGCAACAGAUCAGUUCUCAAAUCUGAGUAACACUGAGGGCGGCAAAAAGGGGCCCUCUGUCCGUUGGCCGCGAAAAUUGUUUAUUGAAGAAGGGAGGAAAAAAAAAGAAGAAAAGAAGGUUUGCCCACCACCAUCGGUGUCAUCAUCAGGAGCACCAUCAUCACGAAGAUCAGGCACCAGAACAGCAGCAACACCCGUCGCAAACCUCACGCGGGGUGCACAAAAAAAGGAGGCAUUAAAUUUUGCGCAAAUCAAGUCAGCACACACAUCGCGCAUGUUGCGUUUAAAUGAGAAAACAGAAGCAACGCCUUUUGAGAAUCACCUCUUGACACACAAAAAGGACGAAACAAAACUUAAAAGACCAAGUCACGUCCACUCGAACGAAAGCAGCCUUAGUUAUAGGCUAGCAAACGUUGUUCGAAUUAAGCGAAAAAUUUAUUUGAGUGACAUCGACGUGGAACAUUCGCCAGGUAUGGAUUCCAGGGGGCGAGAAGACGCGGGAACUAGUUGCACAGGUCAGGAGGAGGAAACGCAGUCAGAAAGGGGGGUAGGUGAGCAGAUCGGUCGAACGGGGGACCACAAAAGUGACCAACCAACGGGUCCACAAAUUGACAACCACGAACAUGGAGGUAAAAUUGCCACGACCCUCUCUAAAGCUACCGCGAAGAAGGCCAAGCACACAGACCAUUUGUUAACCAUUAAAGUUAAUAUCAUCACGGUCUUCCUACACAGCUCGUAUGUUAAAAGAAUUAACAUGAAUGUAGGUUACAAUAUACAGGUGACCAUUUAUUCAUCCAGUGAUAGAAAGACUAUCGAAAAGAAUUGCAGGAAGGAGACUUUCCCAUGCUACUUCACAUCGCACACCAGCGGCAUAGGCUUAAGCUCUGACGCGUUCAAGAAGAUUGACGCAAUGUGUGAAAGCGAGUCGAGGCAGUUCUUCAAACUGGUUGUAUCUUGUCGUCGGGAGAGGUCCUUCCUCAAAAAGGAGCUCAUACGAAUUUACAGCAGGAUAUUUGAGGCGCCCAUAGAAUUGAAAACCUACUCCCUGAGUAAAAACAAAAAGUAUGCCUCCGAAACGGGGAGCUCAAACGAUGACCUCUACGAGAUGAAUGGUAACAUCAUCAUGGGCACCUUGUAG